AUGCCGACAACAUUUUUACAAGAUGUGUUCAAGUGUUUCCAGUCCCGCGACUUUGCACUCCGGUUGUGGAGUUCCCAUAACAAGGUAAACGAAAGGCUGAGGAAAGAAGAAGCUUCUAUAGGUACCGGUGAUCCCAAAUUCCCAAAGACAGUUUGGCCUCCAAAGCAGCUUUGCUCUUCCUGUUACCUUGACUAUGACCAAACAAGCAACAAAAUUGAAUGGAACCAGGAUGAUGUCUACAGGACUCUGAGAAAUUAUUACGGGAAAACACUCGUGUCUCUGUACAAAGAGAAUGAUAUUGCUGGAACUGAAGGAGCUGAAGGAGCCACCCUAGAAGAUUUAACAGUCGGGACGAAUGCAGUUGUGGUGCCGGUUGGAUCUGCUUUGGCAAUUGCUGUUGCUAGCUGUGCCUUUGGAGCACUCGCAUGCUACUGGCGUUCACAACAAAAGAGUCGGAAGUAUUUCCAUCACCUACACUCUUUAAAGAACAUAUGA